AUGUCGGACGAGAACGCGCCAAACGCCGAGGAUGAGCCCAAGUCCCCAUCCAGCUUGCUGGGCUCCUUUCUCAAGGACAAUGUGCUCAAAGCCAAGCUCACUCUUCAGCACGAACUGGGGCUCGGCAAGAGGCCAAGCGUUGUCCCACCCGGUGAGGUCAAAAUUAGCGGAGAGCCCCGUACUGUCGAGUUGGGCUGGCAUCCAGUAGCCGGCUCUGCUGGCAAGUGGUUUGCAGAGCAGACCAGGCUGGGCAAAAUGAUCACUGAGGAAAUCCACAAUAGUCCUGACCCAACGCAGCAUUGGGCAGUGAUCGUGGAUUCGUUUGUUCAUGAGUUAUGGAUGGACGAACACUUCGAUGUCAUCUAUAUAAAUGAGGCAUUUAAUCGCGACGAAUGGCAUACCUUCAAGGUCGGCAAAACAAGGUUCAAUGAUCAGGCGCUCAGAGAGGCCGGAGAGAUGGUCAUUUUCAAUAUGAGGGAAAAGCGGCCAGCCUACAACCUGCUGGACAACAAUUGUCAGAACUUUGCUUUAAACCUGCUAGACAAGAUCCGCAUCGGAAAACACCGCGACUUUGCCACAAGCUUUAGCGUCUAUCAGCGAGCUAUCGGCGCAGGCGCUGUCCAAGACCUGUUCGUCGACGACCAUCCUGACGAUAACCCCGAGACCGCGGACGAAGACGCGAAACCAGGUGUUGAACAUCACGACACCCUGCAAACAGCGCAGCAGGUCAUGGAUGAAAACACGACCAAGCUUGACAAUCAUCAUUCUUUCUUUCAAUGA